AUGGUGUUGCUGCAUACGCCGGAUGUAAUGCUUCAAUUUUGGCUUCGUGUUGGCACUGCUGAUGGUUGUGGUGACUGGACAAUCCGUAAUGCUGUUGGGACUUCUACUUCCAUGGAGAAUGAGAAAAUUUUCUUGAUGGAUUAUGGGAUGCUAAGCAGAUUAAUUGAAGAAAUUGAAAAAAUUAUAUCAGUUGCUUGUAAAUUAGAGCGUUUACAUUUGAAAUAA